UUAUAAAAACAAAGCAAUCUCAAUCUCAGCCGGCUGUGCACAAAUUGUUAUUAAUUUCCAACUUGUAGGCACAUUUAACAAAAACCAUCUCUUAAAACAAAUUAUUUACUCAAUCCCAAGGAACUUUUAGUCGGUUAAAUUAUUAAAAUGACAGAUCCACGCAUUCGACAGUUGGUAAUCAAAACGGGUGUAGUCAAACGUUUGUCCAAGGAGAAGACUGUGUACGAGAAGGAGGUGAACACGGAAAAGGCUCGUCUGGACAAAUUUAAGACGAAUGGCGCCGAUGAUCAUGUCCUGCGAAAGCAGCAAGAAGUCAUUGAGGAGUGCGAGAUGAUGUUGCCGGACUCGAAGCGCAGAUUGCAAAAGGAAUUUGAAGUUCUACAGAAAUAUCUCGAGGAUGAACAGGAUCUCAAGGAGACGGAUGCCUAUUUGAAGGCUACUGAAGUGCUUAACGAUGCCAAAUCAGUGCUGGCCGCAUGAAUUGUAUUUAGGGUUUAAUAAUUUAAUCAGUACUGGCCGCAUAAAUUGUAUUUAGGCCUUAAUAAUUUAAUGCAUUUAAUGUCAAAUUUACUGCUUUAUAUUUCCAUUUUUAUAGUUCUACUGGUUGUAAUGUAAUAAAUUAUUAAUCAUUGA